UGCUGCUCCUGCCUCACGGAAAUUAUUGUUUGGCAGGCAAGAGCAGUUCGACGAAGACCAGAUCCCUCCAUCCACAAGAGACGACUAAGCCCAAUCUCUCUUUCUCCCCUUCUCCUUCACCAGCAUCAGCAACGUCGACACUCUCUUCAUCAACUCCCGUACUCUUUCUCGCUCAUACCGUGCCUACAGUUGUUGCCCUUGGGCCGUUUCUUGGAUUAGGAACAUCACACUACAACGUGUUGGACUUCAUCCAUAAAACAACCACAUCACCACCCCAGUCAGCAUAAUGGCCGCCCCUACCGUCUACCCUAACAGCCACGUCGGUUUCGACAGCAUCACCUCCCAGAUUGAGCGCAAGCUCUUGAAGCGUGGUUUCCAGUUCAAUGUCAUCUGCGUUGGCCAAACCGGUCUCGGCAAGUCGACUUUGAUCAACACCAUCUUUGCCUCGCACCUGAUCGACUCCAAGGGUCGUCUUGUGCCCGACGAGCCCGUUCGAGCCACCACCGAGAUCCACCCUGUGUCGCACAUCAUCGAGGAGAACGGUGUCCGUCUGCGAUUGAACAUCGUCGAUACUCCCGGCUACGGUGACCUGGUCAACAACGACCGCUGCUGGGAUCCUAUCGUCAAGUACAUCAAGGAUCAACACUCCGCUUACCUGCGCAAAGAGCUCACGGCACAGCGAGAGCGAUACAUCCAAGACACCCGCAUCCACUGCUGCCUGUUCUUUAUCCAGCCCUCGGGCCACUCGCUCAAGCCAAUUGACAUUGUUGUCCUGAAGAAGCUCUCGGAUGUUGUCAAUGUUGUGCCUGUUAUUGCCAAGGCCGAUUCUCUGACCCUGGAAGAGCGACAAGCCUUCAAGGAGCGCAUCAAGGAGGAGUUUGCUUUCCACAACUUAAAGAUGUACCCAUACGACAACGAGGAGCUCGAUGAUGAGGAGCGCGCUAUUAACACCCAGAUCAAGAGCCUCGUACCCUUCGCCGUGGUGGGCUCGGAGAAGUCUAUCAUUGUCAACGGACAGCAAGUUCGCGGACGCCAGAACCGAUGGGGCGUCAUCAACGUUGAGGACGAGAACCACUGCGAAUUCGUCUACCUGCGGAACUUCCUGCUCCGAACGCACCUUCAGGAUCUGAUCGAGACAACAUCCCAGAUCCACUACGAGACCUUCCGCGCGAAGCAACUGCUCGCGCUGAAGGAGAGCAGUGCCCAGGGCCACGGCAGCCGCCCGAUAAGCCCAGCGGCCGACCGGGAGCUUAGCCGAAACUCUCAACGAAUGACCAUGAACGGCUACUAAAUCCGAGGAUCGGUGGUAUGGCUUUUCGUUCCGAGUGGCGUAACAAGACGACUACCACGGCUGUCUUGCACAACGCUAAAUUCACAUUACCCCCAAUCCACCUUUAUGACUAUAUUUAGUGCCUCUAGAUGGCCCACGUGCAAAGACCAGGAGAGAGAAACAUUCCCAGUUCUAGAAAACGGAAUCAAUAAACUCCUCAUUCAUAUACCAAGAGCUGGGGAAAGUGGCGCUGUUGAGGAGGGCUGGAGACGAAGUUCGAGAUCUCAACGGCCAGCCGAACGAAUGCGUUUGGCCUAAUUAGGGUCGUUCGAGUCUUGUUGUGUUAUGUGUUGGGAAAACAGGCAAAACAAGCAAUAUUUUACUCUGACUUCAUUGAGGAAGAGUGACACUCGGCAGUUAUUAUUAUUUCCUUUUAGUAUUUGCGGAAGCUUUUCUUCAUUUCCAUACCCUGUUGAAGUUUAAUUGAGACCAAGUCGAAAGCCUAAGUUAGAUCUUGC